AUGGAUGAAGGACGUCACCAUGUCAGCCAGAAGGAACUUGGUUUUAGAAAACCCGAGAUCUUCAACGGUUCAGACCGUUCGAAGCUUAGGGAAUUUAUAAACCAAUGCAAGAAUUACAUGGCCGGAAACAGCCAUGUCUACCAGGAGGACAAUCAGAAGAUCGCAUUCGUGCUAUCGCACAUGCAAGGAGGAACAGCAGGAUCAUGGGCACAGAGCUUCAUAGAAACGGAACUCACCAAUGAUGACUUCCUUUCUUAUGGGAGUUGGAGAGACUUCAUUGCGAGUGUGAACAAAGCGUUUGGCGAUGAAAAUAUUGAAGAAACCGCUCGUACCUUGCUGCGUAACAUCAAGCAAGGAACUCGUACUGCGGACGACUACAUUGCCGAAUUCCGAUCGCUUGAAUCCAAGGCGAAAUUAGAAGAUGUCGGAAAUAUCGAGUAUUUCAAGUGGGGACUUAACGACCCACUCCGACAAAGGAUAUACGGGAUGGAAAGCAUGCCCAAGACACUUGACAAGUGGUACGAAUAUGCCUCGCGGUUUGAUAACCAAUGGAGAUCUGCUCAGAUCUUCAAGCGAGGAGCCACUACGACGACGCGAGGAAAGGGCCGAUCUGUCCAUCGUCCCUACUACUCGGCUUCUGCAAAGGAUCCAAACGCGAUGGAUGUUGAUUGUGUCAAUAUCUCGCGCUUAUCCCCGGACGAGCGACAAAAGAGAAUGAAAGAAGGAUUAUGUUUCCUAUGCGGAAAGAAGGGCCAUAUAGCCAACGACAGACAAUUCCACCCCCAGUCUGGAAGUUUCACCCGUGCUAGAACGAUACAGCCCGGGCUAGACACAGACACGAUCACAUGGAUCAAGAAGAUGCGAGAAGACCUCGCACAGAAGAAGGAGACAUUGAAGGAAGAAACCAGAGAGGAACAGAUCGCCUAUGUGCGAAACGUCUUCAACGACAUGACUGAUGAAGAACGAACCCAAUUGGGUUUUUGA